AUGGUUGCAGAGAAACUAAUCCGACAUUGUUUUGAUAUGGCAGAGGAACUGAAACGAUUAAUAAUCUGGGAGCAGCCUUCUACAAAUGAUCUUCUCACAAUGAUUAACCGAGUGCGAAGGGUCAGGUUAAAAUCAUAUUUCCUAUAUCUAUUUUGCACCUGGAUCACCUACAUUGUGACGUCGACUACUGCAACCAUGGAAACGGUCACUAAUCCGACAUUGGAUUGCACAAAUAGACCCCAGAUUACAUCUCCCGGAUAUCCUUCCCGAUACGAAAAUAAUAUCUUCAUAAAAUGGUACAUCGAUACACCUCGUGAUAAAAGGAUCCUGGUCACUUUCAAUUACUUCAGUCUGGACUCAGAUGAUUUCAUGUAUGCUACAGACGGAUUUGCUAAAAAAAAGUACACAGGCGAGAAUAUGCAAUAUCCUCCAUAUCUGGCGACGGGGCUCACUCUCCAGAUAGAGUUUGCUUCAUCUCCACGAGGUAGAAGGAAAGGUUUCAAUGUUUCAGUGGCCUGUCAUGAGCCACCAAGUAAGUAUGGCGGGUAG